GUUCCUGUAAAACGGUUUUAAAUAUUUUGUGUCGUUCCAUCUUUUUCUUCUCCUCCUUAGUCCUCGCUAGGAAUCCACCACCAAUCUACCCCGGUUAACGACGGUGAUUGGUGGCGGAGAACAACGGCUGCAUUGGUGGUGCCGGCGUGAAUAUAUAUUGAGACAUUCAAUCCAAUUUCGUUCCUACCUACCAUAUCUGCAUUGUUACACACCAAUACAUUAUUGUUGGCUUAGGCUUCAGGUUAAAACCACAAGUGAUGGAAAAUAUACACGAAGAAGUUCUUGUUAACAAAACUGAACCGGUACCUCCUCCAUUAUUAUCUGGUCCAUCAACAGCAAAUGUUAAUCGUCGAAAAUGCUGUAGUCUGAACAAAAACAGGUCAACAUUGUCGGGAAGAAAUUGUUCUAUCUCACAAGCCAGGGAAUCAUGGGACCGGCUUUUUGAUGAAGGUUACAGGGCAGAUGUUGAGAUUCAUACGGAUAAUGAUACCAUCAUCAUCUAUGCACAUGCUAGUAUUCUUGGUAUUGCCUCGCCUGUUUUCAAAAGCAUGUUUAAGAAAUCUAGACGCACGCAUCACAUUUUGAUUAAUGGGGUCCCGUCAGAGGCUGUUCGCAUAUUUACUCGGUUCUUGUACUCUUCAUGCUAUGAAGAAGCGGAAAUGGAGGAACAUAUACUAUCCCUUUUGGUGCUUUCCCAUGCUUUUGCGGUACCCCAACUGAAACAAGAGUGCGAGUAUCAACUUGAACACAAAUUGCUGAACAUGGAAAACGUAGUCGAUGUAUUUCAGCUCGCAGUACUAUGUGACGCUCCUCGACUUAGUAUCAUCUGCCAGCGGUUUGUUCUAGGGUGCUUCAAAGCAGCAUCUUCAUCCGCAGGAUGGAAGGCGAUGAGAGCAAGUCAUCCACAUAUUGAAAAGAAGCUUCUUGAAUCCUUAAAGUUUGAAGAUCAUAGACAAAAGGAGAUGAUGAGAAAGGUGAAUGAGAGGAAAGUUUAUCUAGAACUAUAUGAGGCAAUGGAAGCACUUGUUCGUAUAUGCAGAGAUGGUCGUAGGCCAAGUGGUGAACAUGAUCAAGAGCAUUGCAAGUAUGAGGCUAACAAAGGGCUUGAAUCCCUUCUUCAACAUUUUUGUGGAUGCAAGCUGAGGGUGGCUGGUGGCUGCUCUCAUUGCAAAAGAAUGAAGCAGCUUUUGGAGUUGCAUUCGCGAAUCUGUGCUGAUUCUGAUGUUUGUCGGGUUCCUUUAUGCAAGAAGCUUAAGCAGAGGAUGAUGAAAGAAAACAAGAAGAAGAAAAAGAACAAGGAUAAGGACGAGAUGAAGUGGAAAAUAUUGGUGAGGAAAAUCAUGAGAACGAAGAGCAUCACCGGAGCUCCAUAUUUCACGUUGGCAUUGUCAUGAGGACGAGGAGGGUGAGCAACCACCAUAGCCCAUAUAGUAAUAGAAUAAAAUUCACAAGUGUCGUCGUUUCGUUUGUAUCCAUAAUCACACACAAGAACAAAAGUAUAGCUCAUUUUUUGUUCUUGCUUC